AUGCCGGGAAAUUCCCAGUCCACGACGUUGAGGGUCGAAGAGCUUACUUCGCAAGCUUCACCAGAGAACUCCCCCCCACUCCCCGAGAAUGUCGAAAAGAUCAUCCGUCAAGCCCCAGCUCCCGACGGAUACCAAGUCCCCAUCCAUCACAUCCGCGUGAAAGGGAAACAAGCUACUAGUACCACUAGUACAAACGGCGAUCCAGCCAUCAUCCACUUCCACGGCGGAGGAUACUUCCUCCUCAGCGCCGAGAUGUGUCUCCCACCACUCGUGCAGGCAGUAUCGCAAACCGGAGUCCAAAUACUCAGUAUCGACUACCGACUCGCCCCCGAACACCCAUAUCCCGUCCCAUUCAACGACUGCUGGGCAGCGCUGCAGUGGGUCUACGCAAAUGCAACGGAGCUGAAUAUCGACACCGCUCGCAUCGCGGUUAUGGGGGAGAGUGCUGGUGGUGGAUUGGCAGCUGCUUUGACUCUCAAAGGACGAGAUACGAAUCUGACCCCUCCCCUUGCGAAACAGAUCCUGGUUUACCCCAUGCUGGAUGAUCGAACUACUACCAACCACGCGGGGGGAAUUGGCGAUAUUGAGUCUUAUGCUGCUCCGGCUCGGGUGGACAGUGUGGAAGGUCUUCCGCCGCUUUAUCUGGAUAGCGCCCAGCUAGAUAUGUUUGUGCAUGAGGAUCUGGAAUAUGCGCGCCGAUUUGUGGCUGCUAAUAUCCCGGUCGAUCUUCAUGUCUAUCCUGGACUGCCUCAUGGGUUUGAAGCGUUUUCGGCGGGGACUAGUGUGACGAAGAGGGCGUAUGAGAAUCGAUUUAAGGCUAUGGCUAGUUUUUAA